GGGCUCGCUGACUAUUGCUGGCACCGGUAUCGCCAGUAUCAAACACAUCACCCUCGAGACACUGUCCUAUAUCAAAGAGGCUGAAAAGGUCUAUUAUCUUGUCGCCGAUCCAGCGACGGAAGCGUUCAUCCAUGAUAAUGCUAGCGGAACGUGCUUCAAUUUACACGUUUUCUACGAUACAAACAAGCUUCGCUAUGAUUCAUAUGUCCAGAUGGCCGAGGUCAUGCUACGCGACGUGAGAGCAGGGAAUUCUGUCCUUGGACUAUUUUAUGGACAUCCGGGAGUGUUUGUGUCGCCUUCCCACAGGGCCAUUGCCGUAGCACGGGAGGAAGGCUUCAAGGCUCAAACGCUCCCCGGAAUAUCGGCAGAAGAUUACAUGUUCGCCGACAUUGGAUUUGAUCCCGCCAGUCAUGGAUGUGUGUCAUACGAAGCGACCGACCUUUUGGCCAGAGACAAACCAUUGCUUCCAUCGUCCCAUAAUAUCAUCUGGCAGGUUGGAGCUAUUGGUGCUAAUGCAAUGGUGUUUGAUAAUGGCAAAUUUAAUGUCCUUGUCGACCGCCUCGAGAGAGACUUUGGUCCUAACCAUAAAGUUGUGCACUAUAUUGGUGCUGUUCUCCCUCAAUCGACGUCGAAGGUCGAACAGUACACCGUUGCAGAUCUACGUAAGGAUUACGUUGUUAAGACAUUUACCACAACCUCAACACUCUACGUGCCUCCUUGCGUUGACGCUGGGAUCAGCAAUAUAAUGGCAAGGGAGCUAGGACUCGAGGAUUCAACAGGAUUACGUACGAGGGGCAACCAACCAUUACCAUUGAAGACUGGACCAGCCAUUAGUCUAGCGUCGGUAUAUGGCUCUCACGAGCGUACUACCAUUGCUCAGAUAGACAAGGGUGUUACCCCUGACACGCUACAGAUCCUUCAGGCGUCCGAUGCGAUGAAGAAACUGAUGGCCGACCUUGCGCUGAAGCCAAAACUAUUGGAGAAAUACCGUGGAAACCCAUCAGUAGUCAUUGACGAGGUGACUGGACUUGCCCCACAAGAGAAGGCUGCCCUUACACUUUGUUCUGCUGGAGCAAUUUAUAUGGUAAUGGCAGCAAGCCAAAUUGAUAUUGCUAAAGGGCGUCAGUGGUCUACUGAGGAACUUAAGACUGCAGCAGACGUUUCUGCACCUGUUAUACUUGUGUUAUCACAAUAUAACACUGUGCAUUAAUGCAUUCCUGUGUCUAUCCCUCCAAUAAGAUUCAAACAAUGUGUACUUCGACACUGUAUGUUACAGUAGCUCACCACUGCUGUGGCACAUCACC